ACGAUGUGGAACCCUCUGAUGUACGGCACAGGAAGAGAAGUUUCGGAGAGGCUUUCCAGAAUCAUGAAAGCUCCGGACGAUACACAUCAGACAAGGUGCAGCGGUGGAAAGAAGCUUUAAACAGAGUGGCUAGUUUCUCUGGUUGGGAUAUGAAGAAUUACAAGACGGAUGGAGAACUUGUGGAUGAAAUUGUGGAUUUUGUGCGCAAAAAGAUUCAACCUUGUGGAAUAAGUAAGUUCUUGUUGUCCACCAGAGAUUUUGAAGAAUUUGAAUCGAGACAGGAGGCUACAAACAACGUUAUGGAGGCACUUACAGAUGCUGAGGUCACUGCCAUUGGGGUCUACGGUAUGGGAGGGGUGGGGAAGACAACCCUGGUUAAACGUGUUGCUUCACUUGCACACGAUAAUGGAGUUCUUAACCUUGUGAUUCUUGCCCCCAUAUCCAAAAGCCCGAACUUCAAACAGAUUCAACAGACAUUGGCAGAGCAGCUGGACUUUAAACUCCAGUGGGAGACAGAAACUAGAAGAGCCGCUGACUUGCAUGACAAGAUUAUGAGCAAAACUAAAAUCCUUAUAAUCCUAGAUGACAUCUGGGAAAUGAUUGAUUUGUCAAGAAUUGGGAUUCCUAGCUAUGAGGAGCUCAAAAAAUGCAAUUCUAAAGUCUUAUGUACUACGAGAAGGUUGCAUGUUUGUAAUACAUUGAAGAGCCAAACAAGCAUUCCUCUCAAUAUCUUAUCAGAACAAGAAUCCUGGAAGUUGUUUGUAAAAAGUGCAGGAAGGUCUUUUGAAUCCCCCAACUUUGAAAAUGUAGCGAGGAAGGUAGCUCGAGAAUGUGGGGGUCUACCGAUUGCAUUGUUAGCAGUUGCAAGGGCGCUCAGAGGUAAAGAGUUGGAAGAAUGGAAUAACGCAUCUCGAAGACUAGCCAAGUCACAAUCGGCAACCUUCGAUGACAAGCCAGAUGCCUUUGAAUGUAUAAAGUUUAGCUAUGAUUAUUUGAAAGAUGAGGAUUCCAAGUCAUGUUUCUUGCUCUGUUGCCUAUUCCCAGAAGAUUAUGAAAUAAAAAUAGAAGACUUGUUAAGGUAUACGGUGGGAAGAAGAUUCUUUCGAGAUGCCGAAACAAUGGAAGAAGCUAGAGGCACAUUAGUUUCAAUAGUCAAGUACCUGAAAGACUCUAGCUUGCUUUUGGAUGGCCAGGGAAAUAUAUACGUAAAGAUGCAUGAUGUCAUUCGAGAUGCAGCCAUUCAUAUUGCGACAUCUGAACGUCAGUUUUGGGUGAAAGCUCGCAUUGGUUUAGAGUGUUGGCCGCGCGGACUAGAUCAAGGUUGUACUGCUAUUUCACUGAUGUGGAACCAAAUUAGCAAGCUUCCCAAAGAAGAGUUGGUAUGUCCUCGUCUCCAGAUUUUUUUACUAAAUGGAAAUGCUGCUUUAGAUGAUAUCCCAGAAACGUUCAUCAAAAGUCUUGCUGAUUUAUGGGUCUUUGAUGUCAGCUACACUAGUAUUUCCAUAUUACCCCAGUCAUUCAGUUUCUUGACCAACCUCCAAGCUUUGUAUUUAGAUCAUUGCAACAAAUUGAUUGACAUUUCUAUAGUGGGGAAACUUAAGAAUCUUGAAAUUCUUAGUGUGAGAAAAUGUCCUCUGAAUGAAUUGCCGAGAGAAAUAGAACAUUUGACCAACCUAAGGAUUUUGGAUACGAGUGGGGUCACAAUUCCAUGUGAAGUGAUAUCAAAAUUGCAUAAAUUAGAAGAACUGUACAUGGGUCACUGUGAAUUUCUGAACUUGGGGUGUGAAGCUGAGGGACGAGGAGAAGAAACCAAGAUUGGGUUCGGUGAGAUAGCUAGUUUAUCAAAUUUGAAAAGAUUGCAUGUCGGCAUACCUCAUCACAAAUGCAUCCCUAACGAUGUUGAAGCCAAACCAGAUUGGGAUUACUUUUCUAUAAUCAUCGGCAGGCCCGAACCCCUUUUUCUAAUAUCAGAAGAUCGGGAUUCAAGAUCAUUGUUUCUUUAUGGAGCAACCAUAAGCAUGUUACCUGAUUGGUUUAUCAACGCGGUGGCAAACAAAAUAGAGAAGCUAGAGUACAAUGACUGCGGAGGAUCCCUUGUUAUGGAGUAUGAUCGUGGGAGGUUACAUGAGCUCAAGCAUCUCGAAGUAAAAGGUGACUGGAAAGAAUUGGUCAACACAACAGAUCGAGUUCAAAAAGGACCAGUGUUGGAGAAGUUGGAGUACUUGUCUCUGGAAAAUCUCUUCCACCUUGAGGAAUUGUGUGUUGGACAUCUACCACUUGGGUCUUUGGUUAAUCUGAAGGUAUUGAAAAUAAGUGGUUGUGUGGUGAAAAAUGUAUCAAAAUUUGUACAAAGAUUGCCAAGUCUGGAGGAAAUAGAUUUAUCCGACACGGACAAAUUGGAAUCUGUGUUUGGAUGCGAAGGGUCUGGCCUGAAAGAAUCAAAAUUGAGAGAGGUGACAUUGUGUGGACUACCUUCAAUGAAGAGGAUUUGUAGUGGUUCUGCCCCACGCGUAAUGUUCCAGAGUAUUAAAAUUCUGACCAUAGAGGGUUGUAACCGGCUGCAAAUUCUGUUGGCAUCUGAUGUAGCCCAGUGUCUCUCUCAAUUGGAAGACCUUCAUGUAGCGGACUGCCUCUCGUUGGAAAGAGUAAUUGAAGAAGUGAAGAAAGAGAAGACGAUUUUACCAAAAUUGAAGACCUUGCUUUUGGAGGGACUUCCUAUGUUGUAUGGUGCAAGCAGCGAUACUGUUGAUAUCGAGUGUCCAUCAUUGGAAUACGUGGGCGUGGUGGAUUGCCCCCAUAUUUCAUUUUCAAUCUCUUAUUCCGAUCACUUGCAAUCCUUAGAAAGCGGGAACGGGUAUUCAGCCUCCGCUUCUGACUACUUUGGCAGCACCAACCCAGUCCGAGUACUCUAUGUUAUGCGCAGACGGGUAGAGCUUGUGGUGCCACCAAAUGAGAUUUGCAUCAUCCCACUUUUUUGAUAGCCCAAGACAUGGAGAUUUGACGAAGGAGAUCGGAUCCGGGUCUUCAAUUCUCGGGUUUCAGGUGACAGUGCUCAAUUGUUGAGUUUCAAACAGGUUACGCAGCUCCUCAGUCCUCUGGUGCUUCUAGGCGGCCGCAAAUCAAAAGCUUGGAUUGGUUAGUUCUUGACGUGGAGUUUAUGUGUGUUGGGUUCAUUUUCUCUUAAAAACAGAAUUUACAGAGAUUUCUUGUAGUCAUUGACUCAUUUGAGAGAAGCACUUGAUUGACGUUUUAAAGAACUCAAAGGAUAAUUGUAUCUGCAAGUACUGUUUUGUUGAAAGAAAGAAUUUUCUAAAGUAGUUCACUCAUUUUUCAUUGGGUACCUUGUGGCUGCAAAUCGAAUUGAUCUAAUAGAAACUU